ACCUGGGCUCCGGGGAGCAAGGGCAGCUGCUGUGGGGAGCUGCUGUGGGGAGCAGGUGGGGAGCCAGCCCCCCGCACGCAUGGCACCCGGGCCCUGCCCUGCAGCCGCUGGCCUCCGCCCCGCGCGCCCUGCCUUGGAUGCUUGGGCUGGUGUCUGCUGGGGAACUGAUGCCUUCGGUCCAGACUCCCAGCUGAUGGCUCUGAUCUCCUUUGCUGCCCCUUCGACCCCCAGCCUGGGAUCCUUGGCCUCUCUACUGGGAGCUGGGAUGCUCGCUUUCCUCCUGGCAGAGUGUGCCAGCCACCUGCCAGUCACCUCGGAGUAUUUUCCCAUCACGUGUCUCUGCCUCACUGGGUCAUCGAGCUGUCUUAGUCUGUGAAAACUCCCCCGCUUCACCAGUAUCCUCCGGAGUGGCUGUCUCUUUGACUUUCUGGUCUUUACCCACCCUAUUCCUUGGCCACAUCGUAUUCAGACCUUGCUCUUGGCUGGUCCUGCGCCUUUGGAGGCUUCAAGAAGAGCGGACAGCUUCACAUGGAGGUACAGGCAGAGGUUGUCCUUGUUCAAUAGGAUACUGGCUGCGUUGGGAGCAAUUUGGGAGCCAUGGGCCGUCGGGUCAUCCAUGGUCUCUCUGGAGCUGCAGUCUUCCUUGUCAGCGUGGCUCUCCUCUCCGUGCGGCACCGUGGGGCUCAGGAAACAGUUCAGUACCCGAGGCUCAGGGAGGGGAUGUUGGAGAAGCCAGAGCAAUGGAGCAAAGUGAGCCCAGAGGGAGGAGGUGGCAGCGGGCAGAAGGUCCCACAAGUCCAUCCUCCAGAGGGAUACAGGACUGAGGAAAGCCUGACACUUGGGGACAUUUUCAUAGCUGUGAAGACAACCAAGAGAUUUCACCAGAGCAGGAUGGAGCUGCUCCUGGACACAUGGAUAUCCCGGGCCAGAGAGCAGACCUACGUCUUCACCGAUGAAGAAGAUGAUGCCCUGAAAAGGAGAAUGGGCAACCACGCGAUCUUCACCAACUGCUCUGCUGAGCACAGCCACCUGGCCCUCUCCUGCAAGAUGGCUGCUGAGUUCAAUGCAUUCAUGGCCAGCGACCAGAGCUGGUUUUGCCACAUGGAUGAUGACAACUACCUGAACUCUCAGGCCCUUCUGAAGCUCUUGUCCUCCUACUCUGCAAUGUGGGACAUUUACCUGGGGAAACCCAGCCUGAACCGACCCAUCCGGGCCUCCGAAACUCUGCCAAACAACCAGACGAAAUCUGUGCACUUCUGGUUUGCCACGGGAGGGGCUGGGUUCUGCAUCAGCCGCAAGCUGGCAAGCAAGAUGGUGCCGUGGGCCAGUGGCAGGAACUUCCUGAGCACUUCAGAGCUCAUCCGCCUGCCAGACGACUGUACCGUGGGUUACAUCGUUGAGUGCAAAGUUGGUGGGCAGCUGCUUCCCAGUGCACUCUUCCACUCCCACCUGGAGAACCUGCAGCUUAUCCCCCCCUCUCAGCUCAUGCACCAGGUCACCCUCAGCUACGGCGUCUUUGAGAACAAGCUCAAUGUUAUUGAACUCAAUGGCCCCUUCUCACCCCAAGAGGAUCCCUCAAGCAGGUUUCGAUCACUCCACUGCCAUCUCUAUCCCGACACCUCCUGGUGCCUGCAAGCUGUUGGCUGGUGAUGACUGAGCCUCAGCUACAGUGGGUCCUGGUGACAUUCAUUCACCUGGUGCAUUCAGGGAGUGGGACACAGAAGAAGCUUGGUGCUCCCAGUUUCCCCUUUUCUGUCAUAGUCUUGGGGCUGUGUGAUGGCUUUUUGGGUCUUCGCUGAAUACUGGUGACACAGGACAAGAGACAAGAUCUAUUCCAAAGAUGGAUAACAUGAGCUGGACACAUGGAUGAAUUUCCCAUCUGUGCUGGGAUUCAUGCAAGGGAUGAGAGAAAGUAUACUUUCCUUGAGCAGAUCAAUGACUGGGUAGCGACUGUUGGGCAUUUGGGUAGAGAUGGGGACCUGCUGCUGCUCCUUGCUGUGGGUUCAUCUUGCUGGACGAGAAGAGCCCUGGGUAUGGGCAACCAGUGCCCAGCUGACAACAGCUGAUGGUGUGUCUUGGCUCCAGCUGCUCUGAGCAAGCCCUCUUCCUCUAUAUCUGCCUGUGCUUUCCCCACCACCCACUUCUUCCCAGCCACAGGCCAUUGGCUGAGUCUCUGCUUAGUCAAGGUCUAUAGAAAUGGGAAAUGUGACCAUUUCUGUGCUGAACAAGUGCUGGAAACGCAUAGUCCUUGCUUGGCAAAGGGGAGAUGGGCAGGAAGUACAAAGAAUCAGGGAUUCCUACCUCUGAUGAGACAAAAGAGAAAGGGUGUGGGGUGGGGGAGCCAGAAGGAGAUUGACCGAGAUGAGGAUGGUUCCUGCACUGAACACUGGAGACUUGAUGUCAUAUGGCCCUGCAUUAUUCCUCUCUUUUUACCUUCUUGAUAUGGGGUCAGGAUAAUCUCUUGCUCUAAUUACUAACCUGUCGCCUGAGAUUAGACUCCAACUCCUUUCUGUGAGAGAGGAGACAUAAAGGAUUAGAGUUGGCUGAAAGGGAGGAGAAAGGAAGAGAUGGAGAAGGAGUGCUCAGGAGUGGAUUAGAGGUUACAGCUUUAUAAUCUUCUCUGUGCCCCAACCAAAAAAAUUAAGUCAUGAAGGAAAGGAAGCAGCAAGCCAGAGCUUUUUAUCUCCCUAUUUCUUUCCUCCAGAUGCUAAGUGCAGCUUUCUGCCUUCCUGCUGUCCCUGCUGAGCAUAACGGGGGGAAGGAGCAGGCCCAAGUAGGUUACAAGUUUUCUGGCAUGUUUGUGGAGAGUCCCUUUCUCAAUACAGAGCCUGACAUAAAAGCUGGACAAUUCUGCUUGCUGGGGAAUUAACUUUGGCACUGUUUUCUCCUUGUACACAUGGUUAAAUGGCUGGGGGAGAGUGUUGCAGGGAAAGCUGGAAGGCACAGAGGCUGUUUUAAAUGGCAGGUGGUGCCACAAACAGGUAUUUUUAAAGUGUGUUUCAAAACACACUGCUGGCACCUGUGAAACAUUCCUGUAAUCUCCAGAUGAAAGGACAAAUGCCCUUUCUCUGAAGAGCUGCUCAGCUUUGAUGCUGCUGAUGUGACUAAGCCGGCUGCUGCUGCGCUGGAAGAGCCAAGAGCGACUAUCACUGUGCCUCUACCAUUUGAAAACUGGCCACUCUAUCGCCUCCUCCCACCCCACCAAGCACCAGCAUCUCCUACACAGCACACAUGAGGUUUAAAGGAAAGGCAUCAGAAAUACCUUCCACAUCUGCAAAGGGGGAUCCAGAAAUGAUUGAGCACUUUAAUUUCUGGAGAAACAGAAAACAGGAGCCUGUAGAGCUGUUUUCCAAUCUGGUCAUUCUUCCUGGCAUUUAACCAGCUUGUGAAGCAGCAAGCCCUGCUUUGUUCUUUUGCACAACGUGCCUUUGAACUGGAAAUUCAUCCUGAGCAGAGAUAGGGGCUUGCUGAUGCCAAUGGACAUUCCUUGAAUCAUGCAAAACAUUUGGCUUGCACAGCUAUGUGAACCUAGGAAUCAUGUGGCUUAAAACAGAAACAACCAGCUAUUGGAAGACAGGUGCAGCACACAGGGCAAAUGAUUUGGUCUGAACUCUGCCAGAAGAUGAAAAACGCGUCCACAACAAGAAAUAAGAGUCUUCAAGAAAAAUCUACACUACCCGGGCAUCUUUUAGUUUUUCCCAUUCAAACUUUCAGCUGUUGUUAAUCAAGACUUUGAGCUAAAAAGCCUGUGGUAGCUGUGGAUGUCCUGCUGACAGUCAAAACAAAAUUAAAUUCAUGUGCCCGGAGAAGGAGAGGAAACUGGCAAAGCAGCUUCACUUUCCUGGGGAAAAGCAAAACAGAGAAACUGGAAGCCCACUUUGGAUCCUGGCCUCACUCAGCUGGUCUGAAACGACCUGGUGCCUUUUGCAUGGCUGCAGAUCAGAUGUUAAACAGGUUGAGUCCUUGAGUGGCUGCAUGGGGACUGGUUUAAGACUGAGCUUCAUUGCUGGAGCAGUUAAGUGCCACUUCUGUGGAAAAUGUCUUGUCUCAUAAGGAAACUGAGAACAGAUGAGAUGUCUGGGGCAGAGCAUCUCUCGGGCUGUAGAGAAAUGAAUGACAGGAAAGUCCUGUUGUGCCUGUGACGACAAUGCACUGGAAAGAAAAUAGUCGACAAAAGAAACCAGGUUUUCUCUAAGAACAGAGAGACAGCUUAAGGGGACAUUCACCACAUGAAAUCUGAUCAACGUUAAAACCUAAGUUAAAAUUAGUUUCAGGAAUGGUUCCUGCCCCUGGGGCUUGCUAUCAGAUGUUGUGGGUUUACAGCCUCAUUUUCCUAGUUUAUUAAAAUGUUUAGCUGCUUGGGAAAAUGAGAAAUGAUUUCACAUGAAACUUUUCAGGGGUCUUUUUCUAUUCUCCUUCAUGAAUUUCUGAUAUAACAGUUAAAGUUUUUGGAGAGGUUCCACUGGUCUAUUAAUUUUUUUUCUUUCUUUUUCUUUUAUUUAUCUCUUUCUCUCCCUUUCUCUAUCUCAUGCUCCCUGUUCUCAUUGCAGGAAAAAAACUCCUCUCCCAAGAAUGAAAAGGGAUGGAGACAUGGUCUUUAUAUUUUACUGGGAAAAAUGGGGUCAAAGUCAAAGAUGUUAGCAUGACCCUGCUGUUGUACAACAUUAAGUGUAGUUCAAGGUUUCAAGUACAGAGACCUCUGCCUGCCCAGCACCAUAGCAACCAACACUAUUAAUGAUGUUUAAGCUGUAUACUGAAGAUUCAGGAAAAGGAGAAGGAGGGGGGAAAAAAGCAGUUACAGUGUUUGACAUGUAAGUAUUAAGUGAGGCUUUCAUGUUAACAAUGCCCUUUCUUCACUUUCCCCUUAGCUGUAAAGAAUUUUUAUAAGGAAACCCCUAUCUGUCAUUGCAAAAGAAUGCUAAUGACUAUCGUUUCCUUUAGGGGUAAAAGAGAAGUUCGUGGAAAUGGGUGGGAAACUGCAGUUGUCACUGAAGUCUUGAAGGGGCAAGAGGAGAAUAGCAACCACUAGACAAUUCUUCUGUCUCUGGUGCCAACUCCUCUUAACAGCUCUGCUGCCAAAGAAAAACACAUUUCUCAGUCAUUGUGGGAUUUACCCAACUCAUACCCAGAUCGCAGCCUUCAGCUCUCUCCCCAGGCCUCUUGCUAAAGAUGCAGCCUUCAAAAGACAAGCAGUUCAUUAGACAGAAGCCAAAAGGUGAGAAAUAGGGACAGGAAGAAAGGAGAUUGGAAGGAAAGAAACCACCAAGCAGGGCCUUGGAGGAGGCCGUGGGAGCUGUGCAUUGGAAGGGCUGUCUGGGAGCUGCCCAGCAAUAGCAGGAAAGAGGGUGUUGCCUGGACUGUUGGCUCUAGAUGUCUUUGUGAUGACGGCAAUUGUGUAGUCCAUCAGUGCCACAGAGGAUGCCAGCCUGUGAGUCAAGAGUUCACCUCGGAAGAGGUGAGAUCAAGUUGCUUGGCCCUGAACACCCUUUUUUUUUUCUUUCUUUUUUUUUUUUUUAAAUGACACUCCAGAGAAGUUGAUGUCUUUUCAUCUGACAAUCAUACUCAAUUCCUUACAGCAGAUUUGGCCUCUUAAUUUCAAUACUUCCUCUGCCCUUGCUUAAAUGCAGGCUCUUCUUCAAGCAGUCCACAGGUGGGAUCAGCAGCUCUUUUCUUUCAUUUAUUUAAUUUCUUUUGUCUUCCAUCCCUGAAAAACCCUACAAGACACCUGGCUUGCUCUUUUGCACCACAGGCCACCAGGGUUCUACACACCUGAGCACACUCCUGCGUAGAUGUGGGUGACUGCUCUAUUCAGUAACUGCAUGGGCACAGAGAGACAUGGACCAUACUUACGUUCUUCCUCGAGGCACCUGCUAGCAGCUGGUGCCAGAGAUGGGAUCUCAUACUAGCUGGGACUUUCUUCUGUUCCAAAUACUGCUUGACUUAUGGCUCCACUGAAGAAAUUGUGAUUGUUACCAUAGACAUAAGCAAGGCCAGGAAGAAGAACAGCAUCACAAAUGUACGAAUAACUGUGUCUGUUCUCACUAGCUGAUGCAGGAAUUUUUCUUCUAGGCUUUCUGCCCAAUUACCUGGGAGGUAAAAGGAGUGCGGGGCUGAGCUGUUGUUGCUCAGCUGGCGUUGCCUCUUUAAGGCUGUUCCUUGACAGCCUGAGAUUUUUGUCACUUCCUGACUGAUCCAGCUUAGACUCCAAGAAAGCUGGGAAUUCAUCUCUCUCCUUGUUUGACCUAUAUGUGAUUAAUGACAGACCCCAAGAAUGGGCUCCUUGUCUAUCUCCCAUGUUUAAAUUGCCUUCCAGGAUUUUGCAAGGCUAAGGAGCCUCUUCAGAUGUUACACCUGAUUGUGCCUCUGUCAAGCCUCCCUUGGUUUUUCUGGGAGCUGCAUCUGAUUCAUAGCAAACUUUGAGAACAAAUUAAACUGAGUGCUUUGUACACGGA